GUUAGACAUGGACGGGUUCUCAAUGAUCCAUUCAUCUAUAUAUUUAUGGCCAUGAGGAUGAGCAGUUGUGGGUGCAUGUGCAUUCAUUGAUGUUUGUAAAUACGUCGUUUUUGAUUAUAAUCUUCAUCAUUUAAUUCUGAUAGAUUCAUGCCUAAAUGCUAAUGGCAUGAUGACAUCAAAACAAAAACAACAAGAUCAUUAUCAUCAGCCAAACUUGUCACAUGAUCUAGAAAAACAACAACAAUUAAUACGUUAUAAAUGGCCAUCACUUUUAUGUCCCGAUGUUACCAAUCCAACAUUAAGUUGGAUUAUUGGAUCGCGUUUCGUCGUACCAGCCGUUGGAUUGUUUAGCAAAUUUUGGAUGAAUGUUGUAAAUAAAAGUACUGUUUAUAAUGCUAACAUUUUCUAUGAAACGCUCAAUCGAAACUAUCUUGCAUUAUUUUCGUCACACAAAUCAAUUACUCGACGACCAUUGAUAACUUAUUGUAAUCAUACUUCCUGUAUGGAUGAUCCAUUAAUAUGGGGAUCAUUGAUGCCAUUUAAUUGGCUUUUAAAUUCCAAUCGAUUACGAUGGACUUCAGCAGCUGCCGAAAUCUGUUUCAAUUCUCCCAUAUACACAACUUUCUUUGCAUUAGGAAAAACAUUUCCAAUGAUUCGUGGCGAAGGGAUUUAUCAACCAGCCAUGAAUUAUGCUUCAAGAUUGAUGCGUAAUGGCAAUUGGAUACAUUUCUUUCCUGAAGGAAAAGUCGUUCCACGUCCUGAAAAUGCUGAUCCAAGACUAGUGAAUUUCAAUCUAGAUGAAUACAACGGGGAUUCAGCUCAACUAGUCAAUACUACAUCAUCGGAUAAUCAAUACUCAUUGAAAUGGGGAAUGGCCCGUUUGAUCAUCGAACAUGUACUUUCAGAAGGAAAAGAUAAUGACAAUGAAUAUUGCCAAAUAAAACCAAAUCAAUGCAGUAGCAUGCAGGAUCUACCACCAGAACAUUUAGAAUCGAAUCGACCAAAUAAAACUUUACCUGAAGUUGAUGUACUGCCCAUGUAUCAUUUCGGAAUGGAUGACGUGUUGCCAACAAAAAAACCAUACAUACCGAGAAUAUCUUGUCGAGUAACUUUUCUAGUCAGACCCGAGGGACCAAUUCGUAUAGAUAGAAAUUUUCUGACAAAAUUGUUUUCUCAGGAUGAUGAAAAUCAAUUAACAAAAUCCUCAUCAUCAUCAUCAUCAUCAUCGAUUGAUCUGAGCUUGACCGAAAAAAGGAUUCGAUUGAUGAAAUUUCUCGAAAAAGAGCUAAAUAUUUUAGCAGCUAAAACGAGAGCCUUACAUUUUCAUCAUGAAAAUCAUGAACAAGGAGAAUAAUGAUAAAUUUUAAAUAAGUCUUUGUAUUCUUAAUUUUGAUAGUUUUGUUUAUUCGAUUAAAUCAUUUAUAUACAA